UCAGCAUUCAAGCACCCAAAUCAGCCGCAUAGACGAUGCUCAAAGCCGUAAAGAUCCCCCUGCUCUUCGCCCUUUUGGGUGUUGUGUGUGUCCAGGCCGUCGUGGUCGGUCCCCAUCCAUUGCAUAAUAACAACAAGAACGGCUACCGCUACAAUGGCCCCGCACACAAAUAUCUUCCAUCGGAGGAGUCGCACUCGCACGGCAGCCACUUGGAUUCGAGUCACCAGCAUGGUCAGCAGGGCCCCAGUAAUGCCUACAAUUCACACCAUUACCCAGCACAAGAGCAACAUGGCCAGGGAGCGCAGGAACACGACCAUCAGCAGAAGGAGGUUGACUCCUGGCAAUCGGCUCUUUCGCAGCAGCAUCGCCAGAGUUUCGGAAACCAGCAAAAUCAUCAGAACGCCUACAAUGAACGACCUGUGUACCAGCACUAUCAGGGAUUUAACCACCAGCAACAUCAUGGAUUAAGCCAACACCAACAGCAUGAAAGCUACGGGCAGCAGCACUAUCAACAGAGCCCCAACCAGCUGCAACACCAUCAGUCCCAACACUCAAACGAAUAUGCCUACGAACCAGCUCAUUUCCAGCAGCAACAGCAGCAUCACGAAACUCAGGGUCACAAGCAGCAUCAUCAGAGGCAAGAGCACUGGAACUCCGUUCAAGAGCAGCAGCCCCAAGAUCACGAACCCUGGCAAUCUUCGCAUGGCCUCCAACAGCAGCAGCAUCCCAAUCGCUUUGAGACACAGCUUCCGCUGCGGGAAGACCUUUGGCAACCCAUUCGUGAGCUGGAGAAGCUUCCUUCGGCUGAGGCGCACGCCAGUAGCCACAAGACGGUUGCAGCUCCUGGCCGAGAUGUAAAGCUCGUGCCCAGUUACACGCUCUCCAGCGACUUUGAGCACGAUCGCUUCAUCGGACUGGAUGGUAUGGACACUCGUCUGCUGACCCAAUCUCUGCCAGAUGCCUACCGGAAACAGCUGUUCUCCUCGCCCCCAGAACCAUCGUCUUUAGCUCAGGGACAUAACCAGCUACACAAGCCUGGAUCCGCAGCCCAUGGUGGUUCCCACGGACCUUCCCUUGGCGAAUCCACCUCCGAUUUCCUGCAAAUGCAGUCCCACUCGUAUCAGCUGCCUUCAACGUUUACCACUCACACGGAAUGGACCCAGGACAAGGAGCAGCAUCAGCACAAUCCCCAGCAGCAAGCCACCGGCAGUCGUCAGUACUCGGCUAGUGCCUUCGCAGUGUCCCCUUCGUAUCUGCACGCCUCCGAAGCCUCCCAGCCGCCCAAGAACAGCUUGCCCCAUCCUAGCCGUGACUUCCAGCCACCUUACUACUAAAGCCCUUGAACAGACUUAAAAUCUAGAUUAACUGGUAGUUCGAUGCUCCACCAUAGGAUCGUACCACAUUUGAACAUUUGCUUUUCCCCGGAAAAGCAUUGGGUCUGAAAAGCAAAACUAUUACAAAAAGAUGUCUGCAGAUAAAUACUUUUCCCUUUUUUUUUAUAUAUAUGUAUAUUUAAUAAAGAGUGUAUUGUGAACCAA